AUAGCAAACAAAAGCAACACUUGAACGAAACGAACAAGAAUGGCCCCUCUUCGACUCUCGCCGUUAGCGACUUUCCUCUUCUCUUUAGUAUUCUCGAUCAUCCAAUCACAAUCAUUCACGUCAACAAGUACAACCAUUCAGCUCCCUCGAUCAAAUACCUCGUUCUCCGUCAUCGAUUACGGCGCCGCCGGCGACGGUAAGAACUAUGACACGCAACACAUACAAGCGGCGAUCGAUGACUGCUCCGCUGCUGGUGGUGGACGGGUGACAUUUCCCGCCGGAGACUACCUGACGGCGACGAUUUACCUGAGAUCGAGGGUAGUGUUGGAGAUCGAGAAGGGAGCGAGGAUAUUGGGAGGGACGAGAUUGGAGGACUAUCCGAAGGAGUCGAGGAGAUGGUACGUUGUGUUGGCGGAGAACGCGAUAGACGUAGGGAUCACCGGAGGAGGAGUGAUCGACGGUCAGGGAUUGAAGUUCGUGGAGCGGUUGGAUCCUCGGAAGAACGUGAUGGUUAGCUGGAACAGAACGGGUGAUUGUUACGGGGAUGAGUGCCGGCCGAGACUCGUGGGUUUCCUUGAUUGCCGGAAUGUUAACGUUUGGGACGUCAGAUUGACGGAUCCCGCUUAUUGGUGCCUGCACAUUGUUAGGUGCCAAAACACAUCAAUUCAUGAUAUUUCAAUUUAUGGGGACUUCAACAUCCCAAACAAUGAUGGAAUAGAUAUAGAGGAUUCAAAUAACACUUUCAUCACAAGAUGCAACAUCAAUACAGGGGAUGAUGCAAUAUGCCCUAAGACAUCCACAGGCCCCCUUGUUAAUUUGACUGUUACAGACAGUUGGAUUAGAACAAAAUCUUGUGCAAUCAAGCUUGGCAGUGCAAGUUGGUUCAAUUUUGAAAGUAUGUUGUUUGACAACAUCACUAUUACUGAUUCUCACAGAGGGCUUGGAUUCCAGAUACGUGAUGGAGGAAAUGUGAGUGGCAUUACCUUUUCAAAUAUUAAGAUCAGUACAAGAUACUAUGAUCCUUCAUGGUGGGGGAGAGCAGAGCCUAUCUAUGUGACAAGUUGCCCACGAGACUUGAACUCCAAAGCUGGUUCCAUCUCUGAUCUGCUUUUUGUUAACAUAUCGGCCGUUUCAGAAAAUGGGGUCUUCUUGUCUGGCUGCAAAGGUGGGCUUCUUAGCAACCUGAAAUUCAUUAAUGUGAACCUUACCUAUAGAAGAUGGACACCGUUCCCAGGUGGAUUGAUAGAUUACAGGCCAGGAUGCCGAGGACUUGUGAAUCAUAGCAUAGCUGGGAUUAUUAUGGAGCACAUUAAAGGAUUAGAGAUAGAAAAUAUGAGCAUGAGAUGGUUCGACGGUCACACAAGGCGAUGGAAUAACCCUUUUGACUUCAGGCCUUCAACUGUUAAUGAUAUAUCUUUGCUCAAUUUCCACUCUGGUCUCUACGAGCAGUAGAGAGAAUGUUCUUCACAAGCUCAUCAGAAAUGUUAUUCUUUAUGAAGAUAAUCGGGCACUGAUUCU